CGUAUGUAUGUUGUGUGUGCGUGUGUGUGUAUGUACGAUCCUGUGGACAUGCAGGUCAUUAAUCUUGCGAGGAUAAUGGGCUCGAUAUUGAGGGAAAGAGAGCUCGUCUAACGGCCGAUCGUCCCUUCCGCUGGCAAUUCGCAUUUUCAAUUUUCCACGAUGUCGGAGAACAGCGAGCACUCGCCCGACGACACCGAGACGGAGACAAAGGCGAUGGAAGAGCUUCCUAACGAUUCGUCCAAGAGCGAGGCGAAAUUAAUGAUGAAUCAAACUGGCGCGGCCCUGCUCGAGGACGAGGAAAUGCCGACGUACAUCAGCGUGUCCAGUACCACAAGACCCGACGACUCGGACGGUGUUAAUGUGAAACAGUCUGAGAAUGAGUCGCAGGAGGUGGAAAGGGAGCGUAGUUCGAGUCCGUAUCACAGUGACGAUCAAGCACCGAGUAGCGUGUACGUUUUAUCGUCUGAGGAAGAAACCGAUCAACAUCCUUAUAACGACGAGGAUGACGAGGAUGAUUAUGGAGAGAGCGACGAAAUGGAAAAUUUAGAGCUUGACCAUGAAUUUGAUUCGGAACAUCCAAGUAAGCAUUUGAUGGAUGACGAAGAUGAUGACGAUGAGGAUGACGAAGAAGAGGAGGAGGAUGAUGAGGACAGUCCUAGACAAAUGCAUAACAUUGAUGAUGGUAUGGACGAUAACUAUGAGCCAGAUUGUUAUGAAGGAAGAUCUGAUGAUUUUGUCUUAAAUAAGAGAUUAAAAAAUCAAGACAAAGAAAAGAGUCUAUCUCUUCAAGAUUUGAAUACAUACAAAAACACUGUAAAUGCUGAAUACUUUAAAAGAAGACGGGUUUUAAGGCCAAAUUAUGUAAGCAUUCCAGAAGCUGCUAUAUAUUCCUUGAUGCAGAGAAAGCAAUCAAUGCCAGGAAAAUAUCAUCAUGUGCAAAGCAAAGUCAAACGCUAUAUCAGAGACAUAAAGGAACAGAACAAACGUUCCCUGGAAAAACAUAUGAAACAAUUGUAUCAAGACGAAAUGAUGUACAGUAAAGGCGACACUGAUCAUAAAAACAUUGAUGCAGAAAAGAUUAAGCCUACAGUGGCCAACAAGACAAUAAAAGAUUAUGCCGAAAGAACGAUCAAGGAAUUGGAAAUCGCAGAAACUUGCGAUAGUAACGUGGCGACCAAAGCGACCUACAAUGCUACUACUUCGCCAAUAAUAUUAAAUGGACAAGAUAAUAAAAACUGUUUAGAAUCGAUACAUGAAGAAUCCAUCGUGCAGAAUGAAGUCGAGAUAAAUAUGCCAUUCGAGUCAGCACAGAACGAAAGAGAUCUUAUAAAUACGGAUAAUAAGGCGCAAAAGCAAAAUGGAACAAUUGACGUUAAAUCAUUAAAAUAUAAUUAUCCUGAUAAAGAAAUAUCACAUUUCCCACCUUCAUCUCUUAUCCAAAAUGGUCAUCAAGAAGUACCAACGGUACUUUACAAUUUGCGAACUUUAAGUUAUGAGGAGUACAUGCAUGGCACUUCUGAUUCUAGUCAAAAAAUUGAUUUAAAUAGAAAUGCACAUGUUAUUGAGCAAGAACACGGUCAACCUGAGGCAUAUAAUGCAGAUCUAAUGGAUAUAUCCACAGAUAAUGAAGAUACUUGUCCUUUAAGAAUUGAGAAUAUAAAAAGCAUUAAGACAAUGUCAGAGGAAGCAAAAAAUAAUAAUGAGCAGUUAACUUUUGAGAAAACAAAUGAAGAACUCAAGACGACUUUGGAUCCUUCAGAAGUUACCACAUUGAAAAGGAAAUUAACACAGAAGACUGCAAAAUACAACAGUUUGCUUGAUACAUAUCAAAAACAGCUUAUGGAAAAUUUAAAAAUGAAGCAGGAGUUGGAUGAAUUGAGAAAAACAUUAGUAAAAUACGAGAAAGAAAACAAACCUCCGGAACAGAGGGAAGUAUCAAUUCAGACUGAUAUUAUUAUCGAUUCUGCAUCCAAUCAACACCAAGAUCAAACCGAGCCUGUCCAGCAAUCUAACAAUAAAAUAUCAGGUAGUAGUGUCGCUUCGACGCUAAGCUCUAUAGAUCAGUGGAGUUCCAGUGCUUGUAAUUUAUCAUUAUCCAUGAAACCACCUGAAGUAACAAAAGCAUUACAGUCUGACGAUAGUGUGGUAUUAACUGACGGUACACCAGCGAAAACAACACGUUCACUGUCACGCGCAUUUAUUACUUCGUCCCGAAUCUUGCAAACACUUUCAAGUAUCACACAUGGGAAAACAAAGCCAGAAAGUCCAUUGGUACAAAAUUCAAAGAAAAGAUUAAAUGAAAAUGUAUCGAUGGAUCUGCAAAAUGAUGAUAGUAACUAUCAAUGUCUACCUUCUAGCUCCAAGAAAAGAAAAAUUACAGACAUUCUUCCACCAUCUAAUUUUCUACAACCUUUUAAAGCUUUCCCAAGUUCUGCAGAAUCACAUGCAAAAUUAAAUGAAACGCCUAAUACAGAAGCCCAGUUAAAAAAUUUAUAUGAUUCGGUGAAUAAGAAUGUAGAUUUGCAAGCAAGUUCAUCUAAUGCUAAUACAAGUCAGUUAAGAGCCGAUACAUCUACAAUGGAAAGCAAGAUGGAAACUAGCAACGAUCCAGAGGAUAAUGUAAAAUGUUUUGUAUAUCGCGAAGACGAUAACAGUAAAGACCGUAGUUUUCUAAUUUUAGCAGAGGAGCCUGAAAAGGAUAAAGUUCUUAAUGAAAAAGGACGCAUUCGUGAAUGUGGUCCGUACUUGCUUGGUAAUGUAGAAGUAAGAAUGUCUGAAAUAAACGGGACGAUUAACAUUUGGGGUAAAGAGAUCAGUCAAGAGUCCACCGCUGAAACUGAAAAUGAUACAGAAACAUCUACUAAAGUGAAAGAUAAAAAUUAUCACUGUUGGCAAAAGACACCGUAUACCAAAUUUAAUGGCAAUAAUUUAGUAUGUUCAACAAGUAAAAAAUCAAAAAGUCCUCCUAAGUUUGAUCUAUCUUCAGCAACAUCCAAUUCAUGUCUGCAGUCACCUUCGUUUAACAUAGCAAAAGCAUCUUGUUCUACAGAUAAAGCAGAUAAAUUGUAUAGUCAUUCAAGUGCGUGUGAAGACUGUGAUCUCUCAAAACAUUGUAAAGAAAGUUUAAGAUACAAACGAACACUUUCCCAAGAAAAAUUACAUUCCUGCUGCAUUCACAAUAUAGACAUGUCAGAGCAGAAAGGCAAUUGUUCCUUGCAUAAGGAAAGGCAAAAGUUUGAAGAUAGUUUUAAUUGUAGCAAAGAGAGGUUAAGUACUCAGGAACACCGACAAAGUUUUUCAAGAAACCUAGGGCCUAAUAAGCAUUUACAUGAAAAUAAUAUCGCUGAAGACAAUGAGCACAUGUGUAGAAAUUGUACGACGUGUCAUCAUGCACCGCAUAAUUCAGAGAAUUAUCAAGAAAGUCACAAAUGUUGCGACAUGUUAAAAGAAGCUUGUGAGCCAUUAGUAAUGAAUACAGAUCGAGAGUAUAACGAAUCAUGUAAUCACUCGUCUUCUCAUAUACACGAAGAAGAGCCAUUAAUAACGCUAAAACAAUGUAGCGAAACACCAGAGACGAGACGACGAAGAUCAACUGGGAAAAGAGUACGAGGAAUUUUAAUGGAUCUUAUACGAGGGUGCGGAGAUUGCUAUAAUCAUAAUGUAUCCAGAAGUAGCAAAAGCUGUAUGCAUAAGAAGUUAAAAAAUUGUUCUCCACAAAUCAAAAUUUCGCCGUGUACAUCUGCAGAACCAUCGUAUUCAAAUCCAGGACAACCUGUUGGAAGAUGCUGCCAUGCUUAUGCACAGCGAAUUGAAUCUCAACUGGAAGAAUUUCGAAUGGAAAUGGAAAGAAUGCGAUCGCGCUCGGAUGCUAUUCUUAAUAUGCUCAAUAUGCUUCAUUCAGUGGAUACGAAUUAAAAGAAUCCAUCUUAAUGUUAAUUUUUUUUUUUUUUUCAUAUGUACAUAUCAUAUUUUUAUCGUUUACUUUUUUCUCGUAAUGGAACUGUCAUAUGGACGCCUUAUUAUACUUUAUUGCUUAUAAAGGAAGUAUAGUCGAUUUGUUAAAUAAAAAAUAUAUAUAUAAUGAAAAAGAUAUGUUUACAUCCAAUAUAUGCAUAUCUAACAGUGCAGAUAAUGCCACUUUUUUUGUUAAAAUUUCUAAUAAGAACGCUGUGUAUCUAUACAUUCAUAAUAUAUUUUCCAUGUGAAAAAA